UCAGUUUCACGCGACCGCGACGUUAUUUCCAAUUUAAAUGCGUGACCGCGGCCCAUAAAACUUAUUUAGGAAAUGAACUGAGCAAGACGUAAUGUGUCUGACCUCGUAUGUUUCAAUUACCAUUACCGACACCCACGGUUGGAGCGUUGGAUAACCCGAGCAGUCUGUUUAGCAACGAGGAAGUCUAGGUGUAUUGAUCUCACAAAAAAUGUCAAGACCGGUGGUUCGGCCACAGUGGCAGUUAGCUGCACUGGCAGCACAACGCCGUGAUAACGAGCUUCGAAAGGCAGAAGAAUUAAAGAAGAUUGCAAACUACUUUGAGGCCAAUACAAAUAAGUCACGGCACCAUGAGCAGUGGACGACAGAAGGGUACUAUGAGAAAGCGAACAAAGAGGCAGUGGAACUGAGUGAAAGGAAAAUACGAGCUGCUCAAUUAGAAGAACGCCGCAAAAAACUGGAGCUGAUGUUGUUUCAAGAAAACAUGCAAUAUCAGCAAGAGUUGAAGACACUGGGUGCACAACCUAAAUACUAUAAAAAUGGUUCCUACCUCAACAAAAUACCCACCUCCACUCUGCAAGAGAUCAACCAAGGCAUCAUGGCGAAGGAAGAGCAGCUCAGAAGGCACGAGGCUGAGCUGAGACUGCACCACGCGUGGCGAUUGAGGCAACCGGAGCUGAGAGCUGCCAGCUCAUACAUUGCUGCUGGGAAGUGCAAGUCUGCAUGGUUGGAGCAAAUCGUAGAAAAAGAAAUGAAAAAGAAAAAAGAAGAGGAAGAAAACAUAAAGAUUUUGCAAGAGAGAGACGAGGCUCUGCGCCGCCAGAUACAGAUAGAAGAAGACAGGCUGAGGGACAAGGAGCGCCAAAUGAGGGAGCUUCGCGAAGGUCUCGAAGGGCAAAUAGCUGAGUUUUCAGAAAAAGAGUCGAUCGUUAAUAAACUAAGAAAAGCAGAAGAGAGAGAGAAGAUGAUACUAGACGAGCUACAGUUCAUAUCGAGUGAAAGAGAAAAAGAACACGCGAGACUGGUGGCGGAAAGAGACGCAAAUAUCGUGAACAUGGGCCUGCACAAGUAUAAGUUGAAGAGGAAGGUGAUCUCUGUGCUGAAGGAGAUUGAGUUGGAUUUGGAUAUGCUGGCGAAGAUAAGAAGAGCUGUUGUAAAGGAUCUAGGAAAAGAACAAGAAAAGUCGGCCAGCUAUAAAAGAGUACUUGAUACGGCGCUACGCGAGUUAGAAGAGUACAAGGAUAAGGAGAGACAAAGACAGAAGAACAUCGAGGCUAUGUACGACGGCGAAGCGAGGCAGAUAAACGAGAAACAAGAUAAGCUGUGGGCCAAAGAAAGAGAUGCACGAUCGAUACUCAUGAACGAGGUGAUAUCGACACUGAGAAGACAGCUGGAAGAGAAGAUAGAAGCGAACCGACAGCAGCAGAAGGAGAACGUUCUGGAACGAGAGAAAAUUCUCGAAGACAUGGACGGCUUCCACCAGGAAGUACGGUCUAGGGAAAGGGAGACUCAGCUGAAAAACGCCACCUACUCCACCAUGGCAUCGCUCCAAUCCCAGCUAAACAGCCUCCGAGUGCAGCAGCAGCAGGCCGCGGCGGCUAGCGACCGUGAGGCGGCGCGCAGGGAGGCGUGCGCGCGCGAGCGGCGCCUGCGACACGAGAUAGCGCGCGCGCAGCGCACGCACAGCGCCGAGGCUUGGACGUAGCGGGUAGUUGGAAGAGAAUUAAGCUACAAAGACGCGAGAAUUCAGACUUUCAUGGUUAUGGUCAUUGUUAUGGUCAUGGUUAUGGUCAUGGUCACGGUUAUGGUCAUGGUCACUUUGACAGUUGGCACCCUAUCAAGUUGACCACCUUUGUCAAUUGGUCUACUAUAGGUAAAACUGUAUUUUUCAAUAUAGGAUGAUUUAACAAUGAACUUUUUGACUUUAGAGAAAUGGUAUUUUUACACUGUGUAUAGGAAAAGACGAGUAAAUUCAAGAAACUGUCUAGCCCGCAUCGCAUCGCAA